AUGGAGAGCAAAAAGGAUAACAAAGAUGAGAAAUCUUCAUUUUAUGAUACCGCAACGAAAGCUGUAGGGGUCGCUGGAGCCGUUGCAGCAUUCGCCGGUCUAGCCUUUUUGAGCUUCGCCUCGAGCUCCGAAGAGAAGAGACAGGAAGAGAAGAUGAUGAAGGCUCCUGGGGCCGAUGGUUAUAUUCCCAGGGCACCUUUCGAAGCCAACCCGAAAGACUACUUCAGGGACCAGCGUGAGCGUAAUAGGAAAUGA